CAGUGAACAAGCGUUCAGUCUUUACUUGCCACUCGUCCGUUUAUGACGUAUUUUGUUUUCUCUGUUAGAUGCGCUUAUCGUGUUACCGCCCGGCAUUUUCCAACGAACUCUGCUCCGACAUCUACGUGAAAUUACUUUGGUGAGCUUUCUUGUACUGUUUGUGCGUAAAUACGAAAAGGUGAAAUCUAAAGAAUGAUGAUAAUCAUCUAACCUGUUCUAAUCACGUAGUGCGGUAUUUCCCUGGGGAGACUGGAAGCUUCUUUACGCUCUCUCUUACCUCCGGUGCCAAAAUAGUACGCAGUUCUGUUUUACUCACAGAAUACACAUUGAGUUAUAGAAAUUAUUUUAGAAAAGUGUUUACCUGCAAUUAAUAGCUUGGUCCCAUUUAUUGCCUAUCGUGUGUGCAACGGAACCUGUUCCACUAUAGUGUGUAUAACGGAUCCACUGUUUUCAAGGAUUUGAACAAAAUGUUGCUGCGAAAUGGCAUGAGUUUAAUUUUGCUGCUAAUGUGUGUAAUUUCAACGCUAGAAGCAGCCCCCGACGGGCAGCCGGAGAAAGAAGCGGCCGCGGUGACGACGAUCAAAGGAAAUGAGAACGAAACCCUCAAAUCAGCAAAAUCAUUAUCGUCCAGCAGCAGGUCCAAAAAAGCGAACCUCAAGUCAACACCGAUUACCUACAUUACGACGCUGUCCGAUGUCGGCCAUCAGCACCACGCAAAGGCACUGCCGAAGAAAUACGGCAAACCGGUAGCGAAGGCACGGGAAGAUAAGGCACAGUAUAAGAAAGAUAAAAUCAAACAUCACUACUUGGAAAAGUCCACCGGAAAGUCACUUGAGGUGAAACCGAAAAAGGAACCACUAAACAAUCCGGCAUUGCUCAGCAAAUUGGGUCUCGGUAAAGUCCACGUCUCAUCCAGCCACCAGAAGAAGCGUUUAGCGGUGGAGUCUCGCCAUCACGGUCGACCUGAUGACUCACAUAUGUUCGUGAUCAAGCUGCCGCCGAAUCCCUACUACUAUACCAACAAUGGACCGGUUCCGGCACCGAACGCAAUCGAGGAUGUAGGCGAAAAGGUUCCGGUGGGUUUCAAGUCCAACGGUAAACCGGGUCGAAUCUACCACUGGAACAUUCCGGUACUGAAGAAAAUCCUUGGCAAUAACCGCGGUCGCAACCCGAAUUCGCGCCACCAUGACAACAUCGACGAGCUGAUCGAUAUCAAGGAUAUACCCACCUGGACAAAGCCGUGGGAAAACGAGGCGCUAGACAAAUCGUUGAUCAAAUUCAGCGCAGCAGAUCACGCGGAGAAACUUCAGAAGAGGAAGUCACCGACAUACUACGCACCAAUCAAGGUCAAGAAAAGUGCCCACGGAAAGUACUAUGCGAGCAAUGGUAAGCCGCAGAGUUUCUACGUAAUUGAGAAGAGCCAGAAAAAUCUGAAACCCAUCCAACAUCACAAACUGAUUCCGUAAGACGAAUCAUAUCGGUAACGAUAUAUGCUUGCCAGUUUGUCGAGUAGAAGAGAAGCGGAGGUAGAUAGUAAACAUAAACAAGAGGAAAAAUGAAACCUAUGGGGUUUGUGAAAAAGAAGAGAUAAACGAAAACAUAACGUAUACAUUGAGCUUUACAAUUAUUAAAACGAGAGCUUUUUCCUAGCGUACGAUCUUUGGUUUGUGUCUUUGGUGAUUGUUCUAUCGAGCAGAUCGUGAACAUCCUCGAUCUAGACGGGAUUGCAGCAAAGACACAAACCGAAGCCAUUUUUGAAGCAAUAUCUUGCACUUUAAGUUGAAAUUAGGAAUUACGAAGCGAACAUGCGAACAUUCCUUUACAUUACAUAGCUCUUAAGACUUCGACAUACAUAUAUAUAAAUAGCUAGGCGUAGGUUGUAGAUCUUUAAUCAAAAGCAAUUGAAAGACUAAAAGUUUUAUUGUAGCAUUUAAGAAUAAUGUAUAUUGCAGAAAAAACGUAUUUGUAAUCGAUUUUAAUCGACACUACAAAGCAUUAUUAAUUUUUCGGACUUCCAUUGUCUUAGUCAUGAGGCAGAAAAACUGUUUCAGAUUCACCAAUCCAAUCCAGUGAUAAAUUUUGUAAAAAUUAUACACGAUUGCAGCAGAACGUUUUCAUACAUUUAAAAUAAACUUAUUCUAAAUACACAAAA